UCCUGUUCCCCAGUGAUCUAUCCUGUUUGUUGAACUUCCAAAUCAUCUCUGCUUCACCUCAAUAGUGACCUGAUCCACUUCCUUAUCCCCCCUUUGUCCAGCACCUCAAGAUGAUUUUCGGCCGAACCGAAGCUUUGAUCUUCUUCACAUCACUCGUUGGGCUUUCUGGUGCCCACAGAGCCAUCCGUCCCCGGGCUCUACCCUCAACUCAAACCGAGUCUUCCGGAACUCCCCAGACAAACACCAACCCACCCAUGCUUAAUACUGCCUCUGAUAAUACUCCCAAAACUGUCUCCAACCGCACUCCCAGUACUGUCCCCGACCCAAGUCGCAGUACUGUCCCCACCCGCAACCCCAAUAAUGUGGCCAGUUCCAGUCCUGACACUGGCUCAGAUGCCCGUAAUACUGGCUCAAAUGCUCUCAACACUGGCUCGGAUGCUCGUAACACUGGCUCGAAUGCUCGCAAGACUGGCUCGAGUACUCUCAACACUGGCUCGAAUGCUCGCAACACUGGCUCGAGUGCUCUCAACACUGACUCGAGUGCUCGUGACACUGACUCGAGUGCUCGUGACACUGGCUCGAGUCCUAGCACCAACUCAGCCUAUCCUCCGGAUCAUCGGGAUUGGGAAUACCUUAACGGAAUCCCCUGGUGGAAAACUGAUCCCACGCAACAAGACCAUUUACGAUUCCAUUGCUACCUCUCAAUGGCAUCCUAUGGCGACUACACGACACUCUGUCCAAGCACAUUUACUAAAGGCUUCACAGUUCUAGAAGAAUUCAGCACCAAAGCUGGUCAAGCUGGCUUCACUGCCCUGAUACCUGAGAUGGAAAAAGUAGUGAUUGUAUUUCGAGGCUUUGAAAAUGACGAUGCGCUGAACUGGAAUCCAGUUACGAUGGAGGAUUUAGUCGAAAACUGUCCCGGGUGCCAGGUUGCCGCCGGGGUUAAAAAGCUCUACUUGUCCGCCAAAGAAGCCACAAACAACUGGGAAGUGGCCAAGAAGAAAGUGGCCGAGACUGGUUUGAAAUUCUCUGUCACGGGUCACGGAAUUGGCGGAGCUGUAGCAGCCCUGGCCGGAUUAGAGUUGGGGGCUCAGGGAUAUGUUCACUACUCGCACAAUCAAGGAAUGCCCCGUGCGUUUAACUAUGCGGCGGCAGUUCGAUAUGAUAACUUGUUCCAAGUGUUGGCUGGUCAGAGCAUAGUCUCAGAGAAUGACUACAUGGUUCAAAAAUAUCCAUUGGGGCCCUUCUACCAUCUUGGCACCAAAGUCAAGAUUACUGGUGAAAUGCAACAGUGGUUAACCAACUGCUAUGGAAACAAUGAAAACUCAACUUGUAUUGGGACUGGUAACAAUGUUCCAAUCCAUGACACAUAUUUUACCCCUAAGGGCCAAUGUGGUAGUGCCGACAAAGGAUGGUGAUUCCACCUAUCAGCGACGAUACCCACCAAAUUCAAGCAAACGACAGCGAUUCAUUUCUUCACUACCUUCAUCACCUUCGGACGAAAAAAAAAAAAAAAACAGAUAAAAUAAAUUCUUCAGCCUCUAUCAUUCUUUUAAAGCGGUUUUUAUUGUUCAAGGAAGGUUACCUGCAGCCAAACAAGUGCUUUUAAAUCAUGCUGUCUCUUUUCUUUCUUGAUUUUUCUUUCCUGUCAUUUUUUAAAUUCUUCUAUUACAUUGACACUUCAGGUUAAUUUGGAUCUUGGAUAGCUGAUCUAUGCAAUUUAAUUUGAGCAAACUCUUUUGC